GGUCAGUGUGCUGUGUACUCAGUGUGGUAUACAGGGCUAGUGUAGUGCUGCGUGUGGAGCGGUCAGUGUGCUGUGAGCUCAGUGUUUUACUAGUGAGGAUGUUGCUGACUUUCUAUCUUCUCUUCUUUGGGCUUCAUGUCUCUGAAGGCUGCCUUCUGGUAAACAGCAGUAAAACAUUACGUAUUACAGCAGACACAGGAGGAUCUGUCCUGCUGCCCUGCUACUGCGCUGACCUACACACCAAACUUCAGACAGGACUCACCUGGAAAUACAAAACAAAGGGAGAUGAAUGGGAAGUGAUAUCCAGUGAGAGUGGUCAGUACAGAGACAGAGUUCAGCUGGUUAAUGGUCAGUCUCCAGGAAAUCUCUCUCUACUCAUAUCACACCUGACUGAAGAGGAUGGAGGAGUGUACCAGUGUUAUGUUCUAGGGGUUGGACACGUCUACCUUACUCUCACUGUUAAAGGCUGCCUUCUGGUAAACAGGAGUGAAUCAUUACGUAUUACAGCCUACACAGGAGGAUCUGUCCUGCUGCCCUGCUACUGCACUGACCUACACACCAAACCUCAGACAUUCACCUGGAAAUACAAAACAAAGGGAGAUGAAUGGGAAGAGAUAUCCAGUGGGAGUGGUCAGUACAGAGACAGAGUUCAGCUGGUUAAUGGUCACUCUCCAGGAAAUCUCUCUCUACUCAUAUCACACCUGACUGAAGAGGAUAGAGGACUGUACCAGUGUUAUGUUCUAGGGGUUGGACACGUCUACAUUACUCUCACUGUUAAAGGCUGCACUCUGAUAAACCUAAAAUCACAGACUAUCACAGCUCAUAUAGGAGGGUCAGUACUGCUGCCCUGCUCCUGCCCUGACCUACACACCACACCUGAGGAAUUCACCUGGGAGAAACGUAACAUAUUCAAAAGCAGAUGGGAAGAGAUAUCCAGUGAGAGUGAUCAGUACAGAGACAGAGUUCAGCUGGUUAAUGGUCACUCUCCAGGAAAUCUCUCUCUACUCAUAUCACACCUGACUGAAGAGGAUGGAGGAGAUUACAGGUGUGGUGUUAAACAGAGUGAACACAUAUAUGUCAGAAUCAAUUUCGAAGAGGACCCAAGUAAAUCUACUGCAGUGGUCAAUGUACAGACCAGACCAACCACUUCAAUCCCUUCUAGUUCAAGUUCCUCUCAAACCCCUGAAGGUACUGCUUUUUCCCAAACUGCCAGCCUGGAAUUCUUCAUCUUUAUUCCUGUCCUUCUCUUGCUGGCAGUUGGAGGAGUCUUCUAUUGGAGAUACAGAGCCGGUCAGAGACGAGUACAGAUGGAGAGCGGAGAACAAAGAGGAAGAAAAGAACAGGGUACACAGGAUGAAGUGAUGUACUCUACUGUAGUCCACAGUAACACAGCCAGGACACCCACAGCAACUGAUGCUGGAGAUAAGACUGAAUACGCCACCAUCAGAGUGAACUAACAACAUCCUCUCAUCUCCACCCCCACCAAAUAUUUUAAUCUUUGGCUUUAGGCAUUUCAGUUGUAAGAAACAUACUUACAAUUUAAAUGCAUAAAGCAUUUACAGUUAACUAAAACAUCAGCUUAGAAAUUCACUGAUUCAUGGUUUUUAUGACAUUUUUAUGGAAAUAUUUUAUAGUACAAAUGAGUGAAAGGAAGCAAAAUAUUAUAAAGAGAACAAAUAAAAACACAAGGAAACUCAUUCUAGCCCACAAAUUCCUUUAAUGGUUCUUUAGUAAAGAAAAUGGUUCUAUAUAUAGAACCAUGAACACUCAAAGAACCCUUUGCAUGAUUAAAAUGUUCUUUGCAUCCUGAAAGAGUUCUUCGUAUUGAUGGAGAAUCUGCUGUAUGGCUUUAUAUAGAAUCUUUUUUUUUUUAAAGGGGGAUCUUUAUAGCACCAAAAAUGGUUCUGCUAUUGUACAAAGCUUGACAUCAUAACAAUAGAAGAACACUUAGUACUGUAUAAAACCCUCAAUAAAAGAAAUCGUGGGGCCAUGUGAUCUGUGGUCUGGCCACUUAGUUUUAUAAUAUGGGAUCAGUUUUAAGGCAAAGGGCUACUUUACAAAUGUAGUAAGUGUAACAGGUCAUUUAUUUUCUAACUUCAUAUAAAUCUGCAUCAGUUCACAUAGUUCAAAAUAUAUGAUACACAGUAUAAAACCUAGCUUGUUAAAGAGGCACUUUUGUUUGCAUGUUAUGCUGUAUUUUAAUUCUAAAUUUCUAUGUUCUGGUGCACAAACCAUCUGGAUAUUACUGCUGUAAACUGUAUGAUUAUGAUAAAACAUGUUUGUGGCUUCUUUUCUUUAACAUUUUCUACUUCAUUGUUAAUAUUUUGUAUAUUACCUAAAUCCCAGCUGGUCUACCAGGGUCCUUUCUUUAUAGUGUCUGAAUGGGUUUCCUCCCACAGUCCAAAGGCAGUCAAGCCAACUGGACACAAUAAGGCUAUGUUUACACAGCAGGUAAAAGUGGCUCAAGUCUGAUUUUCUCACCAAAUCUGAUUUUUUUUUAUUUGGCUGUUCACACUAUGUUUUUUAUGUGAUCUGUAUGCGACGUAGGUCUGAACAGAUCAACUCCUAAACUGACCCACAAUGCGCAAAAGACCAACGCGUCCUCAGAUUGUUUAAACUGUUCUCUGAGGCUGCGGCCUCGGGCUCCUCCGACCACGCUAGGCCAUUUAAUUCAAAACGUCUUCAAACUCAGAGCAGCUGUGAUACAUCUCUUCUAAUUUUUUGGUACAGAAACAUCAGCCUAAAUAUUUGAGUCUCAGUAGCGCGAAAUUAAGACGAAUGUCGAGUUGGGUUGACGUAAAAGUCGCAUGAUUUCCGAUCUGGCCGUUCAGGCGAGUCAUAUCGCCGCAGAUCGGAUACGGAUCGGAUUUCAGUCCCACAUGUGAAAACGUCUCUAAUCAGAAUUGAAAAUGUCAGAUUCAAUGUGCUGUUCACACUGACGCACAGACACACAUCUGUGUCACAUAUCAGGAGAAAGAUCAGAUUUGGGCCACUU